UUUUUGAAGGAUCUAAGGAUAUUAUUCUUAUUUUUUUGAAAGAUAAGGAUAUUAUAUUAUACUAUAUACAAUGAAAUGAAACACUAUAGGACUAUAAUGUGCUUUCUGCUGAGUGUUAAUCUUUGACUAAUUUUCUUAGAUCUUCAAUCAAACAAAGUUAUUACCAUGAAGAGAGGACGAUUACUCAAUUUCUUUGUCAAUCCAACACCAAAAAAAUGGUCACUUCUUUCUCUUAGCCACCUUAAAUCUCAAUCUCAUCACUUCAUGUCUGUUUCUUCUCCUGUUGAUACUAAUUCAAAGAAUCUUUUACCUCAUGAUGAUCAUUCAUGUGAAAAAUUCUUCACACCAAGUUCCAGAUAUGGGAUCAACACCUUGCAUACAAGUUCAGUUGUGGAACAAUCCGAAAAGGUUGAGGAUGAAAAUUAUGUGUGGAUGAAGAUGCAGGAAGAAGCUAAAGUUGAUGUCAUUGUUGAACCAAUUUUGUCUAGUUACUAUUAUGUUUCAAUCUUGUCACAAAAAACAUUGGAAACUGCUUUGGCUAAUCACCUUGCUGUUAAAUUAAGCAGUGUAAGUCUUCCUAGUACAACACUUUCUGAUCUUUUUGUUAGAAUUUUGGAAUCUGAUAAAGAAAUUAUGUAUGCUAUGAAAAAUGAUCUAAAAGCAGUUAAUGAAAGAGACCCUGCUUGUAUAAGUCAUGUUCAUUGUUUCUUGAAUUUCAAAGGAUUUUUAGCAUGUCAAGCUCAUAGGGUAGCUCAUAAUUUGUGGUCAAAUGGAAGGAAGAUUUUGGCUGUUAUGAUUCAGAAUCGCGUUUCGGAAGUUUUUGGAGUUGAUAUUCAUCCUGGAGCUAAGAUUGGAAGUGGGAUUUUGCUUGAUCAUGCAACUGGGAUUGUGGUUGGUGAAACUGCUGUUAUUGGAAAUGAUGUGUCCAUUUUGCACGGUGUGACGUUGGGAGGGACCGGUAAGGCUCAUGGCGAUAGGCAUCCAAAGAUUGGUGACGGGGUGCUUAUAGGCGCUGGAACUUGUAUUUUGGGGAAUAUUAAGAUUGGUGAUGGUGCUAAAAUUGGUGCCGGUUCAGUUGUGAUCAAGGAAGUUCCUCCAAGGACUACGGUGGUUGGGAAUCCGGCAAAAUUGAUUGGAGGGAAGAAUAAUCCUAUUAAACUUGAUAAGAUUCCUAGCCACACUAUGGACCAUGUUGCACAUAUUUCUGAGUUUUAUGAUUAUGUUAUCUAGAGUAUAGGCUUGAAAAAAUUGUUUGCAGUUUUAUGUUUGGAAAUUCAGAAUUGAGUUAUUUAAAUGUGAGGGUCCUUGUUUGUUAUGUAAGAGAGAAUCUUGGUUCUCCUGCUUUGCUAACAGUAAUAAAUGUGCAAUGUGAUCAUAGUGUAGUUUGUGUUGCUGUAAUGUAAUUUAAGGUACGCCAGCACCCUUUAUUAGAUACUACAAAAGACUAAUGUUGUGUUUGUUUACA